CUUCUCUGUCCCACAGGCCUGGACGUCAGGCAAGCCCAGGUGGUCGUCCUGUCCUCGGGGACCAAGUGCAUCAGUGGCGACCACAUCAACGACCAGGGGCUGGUGGUCAACGACUGCCACGCAGAGAUCGUGGCCAGGAGGGCGCUGGUCCACUUCCUGUACGCACAGCUGGAGCUGCACCUGAGCAAGCGGCGGGAGGACGGUGAGCGCUCCAUCUUCGUGCGGUCGCAGGAGGGCGGCUACCGGCUGCGGGAGGACACCCAGUUCCACCUGUAUGUGAGCACAUCCCCCUGCGGAGACGCACGGCUCAACUCGCCCCACGAAAUCACCACAGACCUGAGCAGCGGCAAGCCCCUGGCCAGGAAGUUCCGGGGGCACCUGCGCACGAAGAUCGAGUCCGGGGAGGGGACGGUGCCGGUGCGCAGCCCGGCCGCAGUGCAGACGUGGGACGGCGUCCUGCUGGGUGAGCAGCUGGUCACCAUGUCCUGCACGGACAAGAUCGCCAGGUGGAACGUGCUGGGUGUGCAGGGCGCGCUGCUCUGCCACUUCAUCGAGCCCGUGUACCUGCACAGCAUCGUGGUGGGGAGUCUGCGCCACACCGGCCACCUCGCCCGGGUGAUGGGCCGCCGGCCCGAGGACGUCGGCCAGCUGCCCACCUCGUACCGGCACAACCGGCCCCUGCUCAGUGGAGUGAGUCAGGCCGAGGCCCGGCAGCCCGGGAAGUCGCCGCACUUCAGCGUGAACUGGGUGGUGGGCGCCGCGGACGUGGAGGUGGUGGACGCCACCACGGGGAAGAGGAGCUGUGGCCGCUCGUCCCGGCUCUGCAAGCGCAGGCUGUCCGCCCGGUGGGCGCGCCUCCAUGGGAAGCUGAGCACACGGAUCCCAAGCCACGGGGACACACCAUCCAUGUACUGUGAGGCCAAGCGAGGGGCCUGCACCUACCAGUCUGUCAAGCAGCAGCUGUUCAAGGCGUUCCAGAAGGCGGGCCUGGGCACCUGGGUGAGGAAGCCACCAGAGCAGGACCAGUUUCUACUAACUCUUUGAGUCUCUGGACCCGGGCCCGCUCUGGCCGAGGCGAGGGUGGGUGUGUGGGGCGUGUCGGGACGGGGCUGGUCCGUUCGUGCAUUCAUUUCCCUUUGGUGUCCCAGAAACACACACGUGUGCACAGCUCGGUGAGCAGCCAGCCCUGAGUUAGGCACAUGCUGCUCCUCUGCCGGCUGCUCCCAGGGUGCUGGGACCAAGACAGCCACCACGCCCGUCCGAGGCACCAGGGACUGCCUCCUCCUGGUGCCGAAGGGAGUUUCCAUCGGGGCUGCAGGGUCUGAGUGGCCACCUGCAGGGUGGUGCGGAGCGCUCCUGUGGGAAGAGUGAAUCCAGCACCAUCCCCGACGCCCCCUCCCCCACACACCUCUGGUGCCGGGUUCCCGCUCAACCAUGCAGAAGCGCACACGAUAUUCAGGAUAAGCCACAAGUGAAGAGAGAAGCCAUGGGCUCCCCCAGAGAAGCCAGUGAGCGCGCUGUUGUGCUCAUGGCCACUCUGUUGUAUUCCAUGUCCUUUCAAGAGGGUCUGAGAUGCACAGUAUUAAAGGACCCCCAAGGCAGAACCAGGGAACGAGACCCUUCCUGCAGAGCAGAGGAACCGUUCCCAGAGCGCCCACGGGCCAAGGUCCAGCGUGUGAAGACACCACUGCUAGACGUCGCGGGGACGAGCCCAUCCCGUCCCCACAGCUGCUCCUCUGGCAGGUAACGGCCAGCCAGCCGUGGACGAGGUCAGAGCUUCCAGGGUCCUCUACAGCCUACGGACCUGUGACCCCACCAGGUCACGAGUAAGCAGAGUCCUAGACUGAGUCCUGACUUUCUGAUCAAACUUUUAUUAGGGAACAAGCACAGAAACACACACAACCUUCCCUUCAGGCCCAAGGAGCCCCCAGCUCCCUGGUCCCAGGGGUUCUCUGCUCCCUGCCGCACGACGAAGAAAGCUCACUCAGAGCAGCCGCAGAAGUGCCAGAAGCGGGGCGCUGCCACCUUCAGGUCCUCCAACACACAGCCGGGCACAGGCCGCCUGGGAUCUAGCCCUGGGGCCGGUGCAGACGCCCUGUCCACGCAGCGGGGCAGCACCCGGUCACAUCCCGUCCAUCACAUGCUUUGAGGUGCCUGAUCGCUGAGAACUCACUUCUGGUUCCACGCUCCAGUUAACCUGCCUCUCGUCCCUCCAAUUAAAAGAUCCGUAUCUGAUCCAUUGCGCUAAAUAGCACAGCGUCAGGCCGCCACCCUGGAGUCCAGCCAGCCACCCCGGGCGCACAUCCUUCUGGGGACACAGGCCCCUCACCUGACCCAGGGGACGCCAGCAUGUCACCACGCAUACACACUCAAGGACACGUUACAGCUCUCGUAACAAAGGGGCAAAUGCCAGACAGAGUGAGUUGUAGGCACUUGUUGCCAGAGCCCAAGUAGAUUGACCAGUAAGGAAACAGAAACUUGCCCCGAGACUCAGCACAAGGUCAGACUCACCAGUCCACUGCUUUUAGAAGAGAAAACAGGUCUGAAGUAGACAGUUUCUUCAGGAUAAAAGUUUCAAGAGAUAGAAAAAUGUUUUUGAAAAUAGAUGACAUGAAUCUUUCAUAAAAUUUUAAAAAUAAAAUAGGAGCUUAAUUCAGUACAAAAGCUAGGGUCAAAAGGCCAGUUUCUGUUAGUCUCUGACAGUCCGACGCAUCACCAGGAUGAAGCUCAGAGAACCGACGACCGUGAGGGGUGGCUGUGACUGACGCUCUGGACACCGGUGUCUGGAGCUACUGGCGCUGGAGGCACAGGCAAGCCCUGGCUGAAACCUGUGCCCGGAACCUCGGCUCACCAGCGCUCUGAGCUGCUGCCCGGAGACGCGUGCCCCACUUUGUGUCCACAUGCUCCUGCCCCGGGGGGGGGAUGCCAGGAACAGGUGGGCUCAAGGGGCGGAAGGCGCCCACCCACCCACAGGGAACACUCCACAGGGCCCGGCACGAGGCUGGCUGCUCUCUCUCGUCUGAAGCACUGGCUUAGGGGUCGGUGUGUCCAGUUGGCAGGGACGCAAAGGGAGGGUUUCUA